ACUCCACCUUCUAUUUGAGGCCGGAGGCGGCGUGGUGGGAAUGUCGCCGGUGCAGAGGUGGUAGGCCUGGCGGAUCCGAGCGGACUGAGUGGAGUCGGAACCCGGGGCUCUGGUUGGGCUGGGUUUCCGUCGCUCUGUUUCUGAAAGGACGGCUCUUAACAGGGCCCCAAAGGACUAGGGAGAAGCACGGCUGUGUCUGAGUUCCGAUGGGAUGGGCGCGCGCGGGAUGGAACAGUGAGGGGGCACCAUGCCUGGCCUGGCGCGGCACUCCCGGAACCGCUGUGGCUGAGGGGCGGGUUCGCGAAUUUUAAAAUGCCUUCAUGCAGUUGGUUGAAUAUGUGAAGACGUUAUUCUGGGAUACUUUGGCCUUUACAAGCCGCCCCUAGGAAAUGUCCCUCCGGGUCUGGGAAGCUGCGACGGAAUACAUAGGAUAGCACAAGUUAUUUGGUGUGAUGUGAGCCAAAACGCGGUUGGACUUGUAGGUCGCUAAAGUUGCCAUUGCACAGGAGAAACACAAACAUUCCCCUGUGUCCACAACCCCAGUACACUUUGCAUUUUAGUAAGAGGCUAGGCACACCAAGAAGACAGAUGAGCGCCGCAGCCGCCUUUCUUCCUAGGCAUGUGAAGGCACUGAAAGCCAAGAAAGGAUUGAAAGGAUCCAUUGAUGACGUCCUUGGUGACCUCCUGGGAGAUGACACAGUACUGCUUGAGAAGCCUGUUGAGACAGCGUCACAUGCCAAAGACACAUCGAGUUCACCUCAGUGGCUUUCCUCAAAGGCAAAGUUCCUCCCAAAAGACAGUGCUGGGGGACUGGCAGCAGCCGAUGCUGAGGUCUCCAGUGACUCGGAUGCAGACCCACAGGUCUUCUUGCAGAACAUGAAGGACCUGGACAGCAUGGACGAUGAUCUCUUUGGUCGGAUGAAGUCUCACCCACCCUCUGGCAAAGGAACUGCAAAGGCCUCUGGGAAAGAAGUACCUAGCAAGCCCAAACCUGCUGGCACAUUGACAGCUGAUGAGAAAGGGGACGCCAUUCCCACUAAGAAGCCACCACCAGCUUCCAGCAGGUUUGGGCUUCAGUACAAGAAGUUUUCCUUUGAAGACUUUGAGGACCCGCUGGCAGGGCUUCUCUCUGAUGAGGAGGAAGAGACUGCCAAGAAGCCACCUGCGACGGAGAGCAAACUUGCUCCCAAGAGCCCCGGCACAGCCACAGGCCAAGGUCCUUCUGUCCCUCUGACUCCUGGGGAUACACCCAUCCGGAAGAAAGAACCACUCUUUGAUGAAGGGGAUGACAUCAUGACCACCCUGGGCUUUGAAGACAGCCCCAAGGCAGAGAGGAAGAAGGCGGGAGACCAGGAAGGGCCCCUCCCUGCUCGCUCCAAGCUGGAUGAACUGCUGGGUCGGGGCACAGCUGCCAAGCUCCUCCCUCGCCCAGGCACUGGGGAACGCAGAGAGUUCAAGUUAGACAAGAAGUAUCAGAAGCCAGAGGACAAGGAAGAUAGCUGGGAUGACGAGAUCCUCACCUUUGGGGCUUACCAGCCUACCGUGGCCUCCUCUGAGGGCCGCCAGUCCCGCAGGCAGUCAGUCAGCAGGUUCUUGGGAGAAGGUGGCCCAGACCUUAAGGGAGAAACCCUAAGCUUCAAACAGAGCCCUCCACCAGCUUCCAGUCCCAUCCACCCCAGGAAAGGAGGAGCCGACUGGUUAGGUCUUAAGGACGAUGACCUGGACCUGCUGUCUCCCUCUCCUGUUCAAAAGGCCCAACAGGAAGACUCAGCCGUGACACCCUCUCUCCUACCUCCAACAAACCAGCCCUCAGCCCCAGAGCCACACUCUGUCCCAACUGGACUUCCCUCAGCAGCAAAGCCACCAGCCAAGGGUGCAAGGCCCUCUGUCAAAGCCAGCCAGGUCUCCUCACCGAAAGCCUCUGAGGAGAAAGAGGAUGACUGGUUGAGCCAUGUCAUAUCUCAGAAGAAAUCCCAAAAUCUAGCCAGAGAAGAGCGUACUGGGCCCUCCAAGGAUCUGAACUCCCCAGGGUCACGGAGUCGGAUCCCUGCUAGCAGCCUUCCUAUCGCUAGCACUCAGGUCCUUGAGCAGGCCCCUGCUGGAGAAGCCUCGAGACCAACCACACAAGGAAUUGCAGCUGUCAGGCCUGCUGUCACAGGGGCCCCCGUGAGUUGGAGCCAAGCUACUACUGUUGUCCCUGUAGAUGACCCCAAGAGAGGAACGGCCUCUGCCUCUGGGGACUUCUCUAGCAGAGAGCCUGCAGUUUACAUCCCGCAUUCCCAGGAACCUACCGGGCUCUCUGUGCCUAUCCAGACCCUCCUCCCAGAGUCCAUGAUGCAGAGUCUGCUGCCAGGCUCGGGAUUCCAGAAGCAGCUCCUGGCAGCCCAAGGGCAGCUUCAGAGCAGCACUGCCCAGCUUCAGGUUGAGCUGCUGCAGAGCCAGACCAAGCUGUCAGAGCUGGAGGCCCAGGUGCGGAAGUUGGAGCUGGAGCGUAGCCAACACAGGAUGCUGCUGGAGAGUUUGCAGCAGCGGCACCAGGCAGACCUGGAGCUCAUUGAGGACGCGCACAGAAGCCAUGUCAAGGUGCUAGAAACAUCCUACCAGCAGCGGGAGGAGCAGCUCCGCAGAGAGAAGGAGGUGCUGUCCGCUCAGCAUGCAUCCUACUGCCAAGAAGCUGAGCGGGCCAGGACUGAACUCGUAGCCCAGCACCAGCGGCAGAUGGCCAUGGCUGAGCAGGAGAAGGACCAGGAGGUUGCACGGCUUCGGGAGCUUCAGCAGGCAUCCAUCCUGGAGAUGCGCAAGGACCACGAGCACCAGCUACAGCGGCUGAAAAUGCUGAAGGACCAAGAGAUUGAUGCUGUCACCAGUGCUACCUCCCAUACUCGGUCCCUGAACGGCAUCAUCGAGCAGAUGGAGAAGUUUUCCAGCAGCUUGAACACGCUGUCCUCCCGUGUGGAGGCCUCCCACGUCACCACCUCACAGGAACGAGAGUUGGGGAUUCGGCAGCAAGAUGAGCAGUUGCGAGCUCUGCAGGAGAGGCUGGGCCGGCAGCAACGAGACAUGGAGGAAGAGCGGAGCAGGCUACAGGAGGUCAUCGGGAAGAUGGAAGUCCGCCUGAGUGAGCAGAGCCGGCUCCUGGAACAGGAACGCUGGCGGGUGGCUGCUGAGAAGUCCAAGGCAGAGUCAGCCCAACGCACUCUGGAGGAGCAGAGGAAGAUCAUGGUCCAGCAGGUUGCCAUGGAGAGGGAGGAGCUGGAGAGAGCCAAGAGCGCCUUGCUGGAGGAGCAGAAGUCAGUCAUGAAUAAGUGUGGGGAGGAGCGGCGGCGCCUGGCAGCAGAGUGGGCUGAGUUUUUCACACAGCAGAAGCUGAGUAAGGAGCGGGCAGAGCGUGAGGCUGAGAGGGCGAUGCACGCAGACACCCAGCGAGAGAGCACCAUCAUCAGCCUGACCAAGGAGCAGGCAGAGCUGACAGUUAGGGCCUGUGAGCUCCGGGCCAAGGAGGAGAAGCUGAUUGCUGAGAGGGAGUCUUUGGAGAGAGAGCGCCAAGAGCUCCGACUAGAGAAGGACAGGUUGCACAAAGCCAGCCUGCGCCUCCAGGCCCGUGCCCAGGAGGUGGAACACAUGAGUAAGGUAGCCUCCAAGAAGUAUGAGGAGGGUGAGCAGGCCUUGCAGGAGGCCCGGCAGAUGCAGACUGAGCAGCAGGGCCGGCUGCAGGUGGUCCAGCGGCAGCAGGAGUGGCUGCGGCAGCAGGAGCAGCGUGUGCAUCAGGAGCACCUGAGCCUGGCCCAGCAGCGGCUGCAGCUGGACCGCGUGCGGCAGGAAGCGCCUUCCAGCCUUCCAGGGCUGCCCCCCAGAGCCCAGGGCCCAGCAGCCUCCAGCCUGGACGCUGUCCAGGCCCCUGCUUCCACCGCUCCUCAGCGUAGCCAGACGGCUGCCGUGCAGAUGCCCACACACCUUCUUGCCAAGCUGCUGCUGCUGAAGCACACAGCAGAGGAGGACCAUGACUUCUUGGAGAAUGAACAGUUCUUCCUGGAGACUCUGAAGAAAGCGCCUUACAAUAUGGCUUACCACUCUGCCUGAAAAUGCCCACUGCCUCCUCGGCGAGCAUCUGGCCCUGCAGCUCUCUCCCACGGCUGACCAGCUCCCAUGUCCAUGAAAGGCUCCUCAGAACGGUCUGCACUACCCAGGGCCUGAUUACAAGUUCUUGUAUGGACA